CCCAGGCCAAAUGUGAUUUCGAAGAGCCAUACAUUUGUUACUUUGUACAAGAUGAAUCAGAUGAUUUUGAUUGGAUAAGAACAUCUGGACGAACACCCUCAUCUGGUACUGGCCCAAAUUAUGACAACACAUACGGAACAUUACAAGGUUUCUACAUAUACAUAGAAGCUUCACUUCAAAACCUCAACGACACCGCUCGCAUUUGGACAUUGUCAUAUCCUGCAACGAACGGUACAUGCAUCGAGUGGUUUUACCACAUGUAUGGAAACACAGUGAAUACAUUGAAUGUGUACAUAGUUAAUACAGCAGAUACUGUUGGUACACUUGCAUGGACAAGAAGAAACGAUCAAGGAAAUCUCUGGCGACAUGGACAAAUUUCAGUUGAAACAAACAGUGCCUACCAGAUAGUGUUUGAAGGAAUAGUAGGAAGUAGUUUUACAGGUGAUAUUGCUUUAGAUGACGUCAAGAUCACUGACGGAGCAUGUUACG